AUGAUGCGCUCUACUGAUACUUCUCUUACUCGAGAUUUACCUUUACUCAACGGAAUCUCCGAUCUCUCACUUCUGAAAGACGGGUUUGACUCGGCAGCGCGCGCUUCAAAUACAGAGACACCUGACGCACCCCAAUCCGCGUUUGAUGGGCAACCCAAUGGUCUUGUCAAUCAUGGCCUCAAUUGUGACUGCCUGCAUCUUCCCACCAAUCUGGCACACAAGAACGACGAAAUCAGUCAACUGAAAGCAGAAAACGAGCGUUUAAAAAGUGAGAAUUCCGACCUGGUACUCUGGGAGAAAAGGUUCAGAACUGGUGAUGACAACUGGAAAUGGAGGGCACAGGAAUUCGAAAAAGAUCUCAACAAUCAACAACGAGCAACAACGGAACUUCAAGAAAAGCUUGUUUCGGAAACAGAGGAAAAUGAACGUCUCAAAAGUGAACGGAGCAAACUUCAAUCCCAAAAGACAAGAAUUUGGACACAGCUUGACAGAUGGAAAGGGAGGGCCCUUGAAGCCGAAUCAGAUCUUGGAGCGUGGAAACGCGCAGCAACAGAGUUUGAAGAAGCUCUCAAUUCAGAAAAGAAAGCUCAUUUAGUUGUGCACGCUGCCUUCCUAGAGGCUAUUACCAAGCAGAAUUCCUUACACGAAGACUUGAAGGCUUCUGUUACAAAACUCGAAGCGUCGAUGGAAACUGCCAAGAAAGAGCUUCAACAACACAAGCCGCUUGUCGAAGUUGGUAUAGCUAUUCGCAACCGAUUCCUGGAACAUACAAAACAGACUAUGGGUUGGGGGGCAGUUGAUCCAGAAAUGAUUGUAGCCGGCAAUGCUGCGGCACAUCAAGCAAAUCUUCUUGCGGACACUUCCUUGUACUGGCUCAAUUAUCGAGAUAUAGACGAUAUUUAUGGUAUUGUCAAUAUCUGGAAACAACAGGAUUCUGGGCUAGAGCGUGUCGAUAAUGACAAUGGAGUCUCCACAAGUUAUCUUCAAACAUUGUGCUCCCGGAUUACACCUCAAAUUGUUCAAUUUUUCAAUCUUACCUCAACGUUUUGGAUGUGCGUACUCUCUCAGGAGAACCUGGAUCUACCCGAUGACCUUGUAUCUAGAUUCCUUAUUUCUCAGGGAAAUUGUCGGAUCGGUUUUGACAAUGAACUCGAAGAAACUAGGACACCAGAAAUGAUGGCCAAAACGGUAGAGCAGAACGUGAAUAUCUGUGCUGAACUCAAUCAUAUGGGUUAUAUUACCGAAAGGUUCAGCGGAAUUUUGGGAAGAAGAAGGAGAUCAUAG